AUGACCAACAAGUGCAUCCUCCAAGUCAUCCUCCUGCUGUGCUUCCUCACUAUGGCUUCUUCCACCAGCUCCAGCUUGCUUCAGUUCCAACAGAGAAGAAGUACCUUGGGGUGUCAGAAGCUCCUGCGGCAAUUGAAUGGGAAGCCUGAAGGUUGCCUCAAGGACAGGAUGAACUUUGAGAUCCCUAAGGAGAUCAAGCAGCCACAGCAUCUCCAGAAGGAGGACGCCAUGUUGUUCAUCUAUGAGAUGCUCCAGAACAUCUUCAGAAUUUUGAGAAGAGAUUUCUCUAGCACUGGCUGGAAUGAGACCAUUGUAGAUGCUCUCCUUGCUAACUUCCAUCAGCAGAUGGACUCUCUGGAGACAACCCUGGACGAAAAACUAGAGGACAAAAACUUCAUCGGGGGAAAAGUCACAAACAUUCUGCACCUGAAGAGUUAUUACUUCAGGAUCACGUGGUACCUGAAGGCCAAGAGGUACAGCAGCUGUGCCUGGACAGUUGUCCGAGAGGAAAUCCUCAGGAACCUCUUCUUCAUUAACAGACUAACAGGAUACCUGAAAAACUGA